AUGACAGACACAGUACCCGAAAUGAAAGUCGAUCCUGCCAGGGCCCAAGCCCUCAUCUCCCAACUCACCAGCGUCCGAGACCGCAUCGCGGCCGUAAGCGCUGGACGUGCUGUCAGACUCGUUGCAGUAUCAAAGCUCAAGCCCGCUAACGACAUCCUCGCCCUUCACCAAUCGCCAGCAAAUCAGACACAUUUUGGCGAAAACUAUGCUCAAGAGCUAACACAAAAGGCAGAACUUCUGCCGAAAACUGUUCAAUGGCACUUCAUUGGUGGCUUACAGUCAGGGCAUUGCAAGUCGCUAGCAAAGAUUCCCAACUUGUUUUGCGUCUCAAGUGUUGAUACCUCUAAAAAGGCUCAGCUUCUCAACAGCAAUCGUGCCCCUCUUCUGGAAUCAGAUCCUUCUGUCCCCAAAAUCUCUAUACAUGUUCAAGUUAACACCUCUGGAGAGGAAAGCAAGUCUGGUUGCUCGCCCGGUAAGGAAACAGUGGCCUUGUGCCGUGAGAUUGUCGACAACUGCCCCAGCCUAAAUCUACUCGGCCUUAUGACCAUUGGUGCUAUUGCGCGAAGCAAGGCGACUACUCCAGAGAACGAGAAUGAAGACUUUCUUCUGCUCAAAGAACAGCGAGACUUGGUUGCCAAGGAGCUUGGACUCUCUUCGGAUGCCUUGGAACUCAGCAUGGGCAUGAGUGAGGAUUUCGAGGGCGCUAUUGCUUUGGGUAGCGGCGAAGUACGAGUAGGCAGCACCAUCUUCGGUCAGAGACCUGCAAAGGCAGAUGCCAAGCUCCUCGCUUGA